AGUGUUGUCCAUUACAUAUCCAUGCACGUGGGGUGAUUGCUUCAUAUACAUCUUCUGGAAUUCCUGGAAGACCUUUAUUUUGAUGUUUUUGUAGUCCGGAAGCGCGUAACAGUGCGUGGUCAACAGCUUACUACCAGAGUGUUCUCGACAUGUAGAUGGCUAGCUAGGUAACUUGUACGUAGAAGUAAUUUACAGAUGUUUACUAGAAACUGCUUGCAAUGCAGAUGACCGGAUCAACACAACUGUGCGGGUGGUUUUGAUACCUGGAGGGAAGAUAACGUUGUGCUACUCUUCAGCCUGUGCAGACUGUAUCUUCUAGACUCCUGAAACAAACUUGAACCUCCCACCCACACACAUGAACACGGCAUUCCUCUCAUGCUGGGCCAAGCGCCAUGCCUGACCGGGAUAGCGCCUACCUGGCAGGUGGUGGCGGAGGGGGCAGUGGCACAGGGGUGGGCUCAAGUAUAGGUGAAGAGGCAGGUGCAGGCUUGGGAGGGGUAGGAGAAGGCUGGGGGAGCAUUGGAGGAGGUGGGGGCUGCAUAGGAGGUCAUUCUGGGUCUUCCGUCAUGGGUGGAGGAGGGGCUCUAGGGAAUGGAAAUGGUGCUGGGGGGUUUGGCUCUGGUGCCAGCAUUGAUGGUGUAUGCAGAGAUUUCCUGCGGAAUGUUUGCAAGAGAGGAAAACGCUGCCGCUUCAGACACCUGGACUUUAACGAGGUGCCUGACUUGGGGGUCCAAAAAAAUGAGUUUGUCUUCUGCCAUGACCACCAAAACAAGGAAUGUGUGCGUUCAAAUUGCAGGUUCGUCCAUGGUUCUAAGGAGGACGAGGACUACUAUAAAAAGACUGGGGAACUUCCACUCAGGCUCAGGGGCAAGGUUGCUGCGGGGCUAGGCUUGUCUCCUACUGACCUCCCUUUGAGUCGUGGAGAAGUGCCCAUCUGCAGGGACUACCUGAAGGGUGAAUGCCAACGGGGCAACAAAUGCAAGUUUCGCCAUGUGAGGAAGGACUACGACUACGAACCACCACGUGUUGGGGUUGGAGGGGUCAUGGGUCCAGGCGGAGUUAGUGGAAUGGUAAAUGCAGGUGGGGUAGGAGUAGGGGGCACAGGCGUUGCAUGUGGAGGAAUGUCAGGGCUGGUCAGCGGAAGUGGCAGCAACAUGAUGGGAAUGGGGUGUUCUAACCUUGUAGGCUACAGGGAUCAGGGCAUGGCAGGUGGAGGGGUUGGUGGGGGAGGAGUUGGCAUAGGAGGCUUUCUUUCGACGGGGGCAUCUGGUCAGAGACGCUUCGAUCGAACUUCUUUGUAUGACCCCUUGUUUGAAAAUGGCCUGUUUGAGGCAGGGCCUAUGGAGACCCCUAUGGAUCAUGCCACGCUUCAGCUGAAGAGACGAAGGCUAGAGGGCCUCCGACUGGCAGAUGGGGCCGGAGUGGGACACUAUGAGUUGGGGGUGCAGGCCACCCUCCCAGUCCGCCCUUUUGAGUACAGGAUUCUAGAAGAAGAGAACACUCUCUUGCGGAGAAGAGUUGAGGAGCUAAAGAAACAGGUAUCAAAUCUUCUCGCCACCAAUGAGGUACUUCUGGACCAGAAUGCUCAGUUUCGGAGCCAGACCAAGGUCAUGACUCUUGUAUCAACCCCGGCGCCCUCAGAGCAGAUCAUGGCGCCCCCUGUGGGCUCAGUGAGCUCCUACAACCACGGCAUCGCUCAGACGCACACCACCCUGAGCAGCGCCUGCCUGCAACCCAGAGCCCUCAUCCAGCAGGACCUGGUGGCUUCGACAGGAGCUCAGACGGCCCCUCCAUCCAACGCUUCCCAGCCCACUGCACCCCCUCCCCACCUCAACCCUGAGAUUACCCCUCUGUCAGCAGCCCUGGCACAGACUAUUGCUCAGGGAAUGGCGCCAGCUGUUUCCAUGGCGCAAGUUGCCGUGUCUGUGGCACCGGUCGCCGUGACAUUGGCUCAGGCGAUGCCAGGCAUCACUAUGAGUCAUGCUACCACUCCAAUGGUGUCGUAUCCUAUUGCCAGCCAGAGUAUGAGAAUCACCACUCUUCCACACUGAGCCAUGUGACUCAGUGCCCUGUGACAAUGGCUGGGUGCCCUAGAUCUUUCCUGUCACCAUAUAUAUUAACACACCCGCAUAUCAUGCUAGUCAUUUGGAAAACUUGUGUAUUCAGUGGCUGUAUUUCUGAUAUGGCAAAUCAAAGGCUUCAUCCUGAUCUUCUGCUGUCAUGGACAGUGGUUUUUCAAGUGGUGUGAACACCUUUCAUGUCUUGACUUGUGAACAUGUGUGUGCCAAAGGGACUUCUGAAAUGUUGGCAUCAAAGUACACUUUGGUAAAUGUCAAGUAUUUGACAUGGGUCUUUGUUGAUAUGAACACAUUGCCCUGGAACAGAUGAGUACUAAACAAACAGACAUUAUGCUAUUUCUAGAAGACACUGAGUUUUGCAUUUGUUAUGGACUCUUUUCUGGCAGGUGGCUGUUUCUGAGUUUGUUUGGUAUUUUCCUUAAACUGAACCGUCACAGACAUAAGGUCUCACUCUUUCUAUUAUAUUGAUUUGGCUGUGCCAGGAAGUAUUAAAACCGAAUUCUUUACCUGUA